AUGAGUGACAGGACAGUGUUCGUGUUGGACGUGUCGGGGUCUAUGGCCGGGGCUAAGGCCCAGACCCUACACCUACAGACCGUGCGCUUCAUUGAGCGCAUAUCUGACGGAAAUUCCGUGGGAAUCGUGUUAUUCAACGGCAAGGCGUGGACAGUGCACGGACUCACACGACUGGCCACCCGGGAAAUCCGCAACGCCAUCAUUGCCAGUGUCCCGCAAACCGGUAGCGGCUCUACCGAUAUCAGGGCCGGUAUUAUGGAGGGGCUGUCGGCGUUCAGUAGGGCCGGUGUCAGUACAGUCGGCGCUAAUAUGUUUUUGGUUAGCGAUGGCGGGCAUUGCUGUGGGAAUCCAGACUACGUGAGCGAUGUGUUACCACAUUUAAGUCAGGCUCAAGUGCGAGUGGUAUGUGUGGCCAUAGGUUCCAGUGCUGACCCACACCUCGAGCGCCUAUCCCAUGAGACGAAGGGAACGGUAUAUAACAUCAGUCGUGUGGGCGCCGACAGUAAGGAAAUGAUAGCCCGUAUUAUGGAGGCAGCGAUGCAAGAGGUGAUCACAUCCAAGGAGAUGGCAGAAGUGGUCACCAUAUCUGUUGUCAACGAGAUAUUAACCAUCGAUGACAGCACCGACUCCGCAGAGAUACAGGUGCCCAUUGACCCUGACAUCGGCCGAAACACGCAAAUACAGGUGCGAUCAGAAGACAUCAAGUUUAUAGAUAUUGAUAUUACCAGCCCUUCCGGCACCACAUAUAGUACCAACGGUGGACAGGUGUUAAAGCGCCUGGAGCUGAAACAGUGUCAGCAAUAUAUGGAUGAGACUGAGCCGGGCGUAUGGCUCAUUAAACUUAAUAAACACUGUGGACAGGCUGUUAGGGCUCAUGUUAAGGUCGAGAGUGAAGCUACCGGUGUUAAUGCCAUUCAGAUGAAUGUCCAGUUGAGAGCACCGGAAGCCGACUGCCCACCCAUUAUAGUCUGUACCCUAUCGAAGGCUAAUGAGCCGGUAGUCGGCGCUGUAGUCACAGCUACUGUGGACAGACCUAACGAAACACAGACUGAACUCCCGCUUAAUAACUAUUAUGAGGGCUUUUAUUAUGGCUAUUAUACUGAUUAUAGCGGCACCGGGAGGUAUAAUGUCAGCGUAUUGGCCACCAAUAGUGGGAAUAGUACUAAUUGGAAAGCCUCGAGUUUCCAGAUCAAGGACUACCAGCCCUCCCAACUCCCAAGUGGUGACCACUUUCAAGAACUGCUACUUAGCAACGCAUUUGGAGGGAUGCGUAUAAAUAGUACCUCCAAUGGACAGGCAGCUGGUGGUACAUCCGCCUCAGGACAACCUACUAGUUUUACAUCUACGUCCACCAAAGUGACCAUGAUCAGCUAUUUAUCGUCGAUUAAGGAGACCUCUGUGGAGGAGGUUAAUAGUUAUCAGCGAAGACUCGAUGAUAUUAACAGCAAAAUUAAUCUAGCUAAACUUGUCAAUGAUUCUUGA